AUGCAGGACAGUAAUCGAAAACGACGGCGGUCGAGUCCCCCGCCUGACCCCACGCCAGCCUGUAACAAGUGUCGCUCGCGAAAGAUCCGCUGCGACAGGGCCAAGCCCGAAUGUUCAUCGUGUCGUCGGGCCAAAACUCCGUGUGACUUCUCUGCGUCCUUCAAGAGAACCAACCCGGCCAAGCAACUCCUCCGCGAUUUCUCGUCCGUAGCCGAGAGGCUGAAUGAUAUAGAUCGAUCCCUAGCGCGGCUCUCACAGCAAGUUGAAUCUUUGACGCGCACAGCGCCAUGGUCUCUGUUUGCGUCGUCAACAGCGGACGAUGGCCACGAUAAACCGUCCUCACCGCCAGCAGACGGUGCAAUUACCGUUGAGGGAGGCUCUAGCGACGCCACAGCCAGGAAUGUACUCGUGACAAACGGCGAUGGCGAACAACUCCAUGCGUAUCCAGCUGCGUUAUGUCUCUUCCGGGCUUCCCACAAGCUGCUCGGUGCAGCUCUUGGGAAGCUGGAAACGGGCCAUACAAAGACUCUGCUGCUGCAAGGACCGCUAGCAGCGGCAGGGCAGAAUCCUUCCCUGGGACAGUCUCUUGCGUGUCACUACGAAACAUUUCCUUUCCGGCAAAGAUGCACGGAACCACCUAUUACCAGUGACCAGCUACCCAUUUCGUACCCGAUGCAGGAGUUCUUGUAUUCGCUGUUGGAUCGCUAUUUGAGCCACAUCAAUGUUCAUAUGCCGGUGUUUGAGGCGAGCUCUAUCUACGCCUCCAUCGAAACAUGCUAUCGGGCUGACAGCGCGGACCGGAAUCCGGCUUGGGCUGUCUGCUUCCAUGGCAUCAUAUUGCUAACGUCGAAUCUUGACUCCUUGGUAGGCCAGCGAGCGGGCUUCAAGACGCACUCCAGUGAAAAGACACAUGAUGCCAUAUCAACCAGCAUAGUGAACUGCCGUCGUGCUCUAGCCAACCUAGAUGCGCUGUCCCAACCAACACUGGUCAAUAUCCAAGCCUUCAUCACACUGACCCUCGUUGCUCGAGAAUUCUUCCUCAGCUCUGUCUACGAAAAAGUGUGCCGUGCCGCCUGUGCGCUGGCGCGCACCAUGGGCCUCAGCCGAUCCGUCAGCGGCAUGAACGAACAAACCGCACAAACGCGACAGCGACUAUUCUGGAUCCUCUACGCGCUGGAUAAGCAGCGGGUGUUUCUCAGCGGGCAGGCGCCGGAUAUGUAUCUGUUUGACUCGGACUUCCAGCCCCCGUUGGCCGAGGUGGGCACCGCGCCAACGGAUCGGUUACACGCCGCCUCGCUGCAGCUCAUGAGCCUGUGGGAGGAUAUUUACCUGGGCCUGUACUCCGCACGCGCUAUCCGAUCGAGCUCCGAGCAGCGGCGGGAUCAAGUUCGCGCUUUGGACCGUGUGUGCAAUGAGUGGGAGCAACAGCACCAAGUUCUGUUGAAGUCCUCGUCUUCGAACAACACCCUAGGCGUAUCCCUGAUGCAGAUGGAAGCAAAAUACUGCUACCACGUCAGCAAAGUCCUGAUCAAUCGGUGCGAUGUGUCCGCAGACGGGUGGCAGACAACGCGAGAUCAUGCCCUUUCGGCCCUUCGAUCCGUCACGGAUGUCGUCCAGGAGCCCGUGAGCCCGGACAGCUGUCUUGUCCUCCGUCGGUAA